AGGCGCUUGACUUCGGUGAAACUUUUAGAAAAGACUGUCUUCCAUGGACUUCUCCAUCGGCAUCGUGCUCUUCCUGACCUUCGGCUGCAUCUCUUCCCGAAAAUAUAAAUCCGUCAUCUCAGUGGAGAAUGGAUCUCCUUGGGGGAAUUGGGGUCCAAGACACUUCUGUCCUAAAGGUUAUGCUCACGCGUUCCAACUGAAGGUACACGAUCACCAAGGUCCUCAAGCGUGGCAGGAUGAUACAGGCCUGAAUGGCAUCCGUCUGCACUGUACUGAUGGCGCAACCAUUGAAUCUCAAGUUGGAAAGUGGGGAACUUGGAGAGUGAAUGAUAGUUGCCCCGAAGGCAACCUGCAGCAAUUCUCUCUGCAGGUAGAAGAACCCCAAGGGCUCCUUGACGAUACAGCAGCCAACAAUAUCCGCUUCAGAUGUGAAUUUGGCAUUGCUCUGGGCGGUCGUGGACACAACUGGGGGAAGUUUGGGGCCUGGAGUAAGAGCUGUGCCCCUGGCUUCAUAUGUGGGAUAGUGACUAAGAUGGACGUUGACAACGGUGCUGGUGACGACACAGCCCUUAAUGAUGUGAAGUUCUACUGCUGUGACUGAACCACAAGAGACUCAGUCUCUUACAACACAGCUGCCUGUGUU